UGCUGCCAACAGAGAGCACUCGGUGCGGCUUCAGCAUGUCUCCCCCCGGCUCCACCGCCGCCGCCGCUCCAGCCUGGGGGGCCCAGAGCCCACCCUACUGACCGCGCCAGGGAUGCCAGACACUCGCCUAGGGGCUUUGCUACAAUAAUGGGGAUCAGGUAAUCUAACCCCCCAACAGCAGCGAGGAUCAGGGGGAGGUUACAGAGACCCCCACCACUGGAGAGAGACCCACAACUCCUUCAUCUCUGGAGAAAUAGGAGACUGCACCUCAUCAUUGGACACAAAGCCCCCAUCAUUCCUGGAGACAACCCCUCCAAUCGCAGGACAUCCUCACAACCUGUGGAGAAGAGCCCCCCUUAACUCAUUUGGCACCCCUCCAUCAUUGCUGGACACAUACACCCCUAGUACAGGGGACACCCCCUCCCACAAUCAUACUUGUAAGCACUCCCCCAAUUAUCACUGAACAAAGACCCCCCCCCCCCCCCAAUCCCUGAGGAGAGACCCCCUAGUUUUAUCAGGAAGGCACUCCCCCCAUUGAGGUAGAAUCCCCCUCAAUAACUGCAGACAGCCCCCACUUUACUUGAGACAGUCCAGGACCUGCACUAUAGAGAGAACCCUGAAAUUACUAGAGAUACCCCCUCCCCCCAGACACCCCUCCUUGCCUUCCCUAACUAAUAAGACUUAUUCCUUCAUCUGGGCUCCCAGCCCAUAGCUGGACACGGCCCCCCUGUCUGCGGACCACCCUGGACAGAGCUCUACGUCUCGGUAAGGACUCCCCAUCUCUGGUGGACGAGGCCUUCUUUAAAGGAUUAACCUGGAACCUUUAUUUCUGGUCGUAAAUGGUCAAUGAAAGCCGAAGGAUGUAUAUCCCCGAGGGAGACCACCAAGGCUCGAAUUAUACGAACCCACUCCCUGCGUUGGGCACCAUGAAUUCUACCCCUGGCCUGGCGACAGAGCACAUUGCAUCUCCAGGUGCUGCCCUCUCCUGGCAGGCUGCCAUUGAUGCUGCUCGUCAGGCUAAGUUAAUGGGCAGUACGGCCAAUGCCACAAUAUCCACGGUCAGUUCCACACAGAGGAAAAGACAACAAUACAGCAAGCAGAAAAAGCAAGGGGCCACAACGUCGACGAGACCGCCACGAGCAUUACUCUGUCUCACGCUGAAAAACCCAAUCCGCAGGGCUUGUAUCAGCAUCGUGGAGUGGAAACCCUUUGAAAUCAUAAUUUUACUCACUAUCUUUGCCAACUGCGUGGCCUUAGCUGUGUAUAUUCCCUUCCCGGAGGAUGACUCCAAUGCCACCAACUCCAACUUGGAGCGGGUAGAAUAUCUAUUCCUCAUCAUUUUCACAGUGGAAGCUUUUCUUAAAGUCAUUGCAUAUGGGCUGCUCUUUCAUCCCAACGCAUACCUCCGCAACGGCUGGAACUUGCUGGACUUCAUCAUUGUGGUAGUAGGGCUUUUCAGUGCAAUUUUAGAGCAAGCAACCAAGGCAGAUGGUGGCAGCGCCCUGGGAGGCAAAGGGGCAGGAUUCGAUGUGAAAGCGCUGCGAGCAUUUCGUGUCCUCAGACCCCUUAGACUGGUUUCCGGGGUACCUAGUCUUCAGGUGGUGCUGAAUUCUAUAAUUAAGGCCAUGGUUCCCCUGCUGCACAUUGCCCUGCUCGUCUUAUUUGUAAUUAUCAUCUAUGCUAUCAUCGGCCUGGAGCUGUUUAUGGGCAAAAUGCACAAAACCUGCUACUUCCUGACCAACAAAGAAGUUCCUGCAGAAGAGGAGCCGUCACCCUGCGCUCUCACUAGCAAUAAUGGUCGCCACUGUCCCAACGGGUCCGUGUGUGAGUCUGGGUGGGACGGACCAAAGCAUGGCAUUACCAAUUUCGACAACUUUGCAUUUGCCAUGCUCACUGUCUUCCAGUGCAUCACCAUGGAGGGAUGGACAGAUGUGUUAUACUGGAUGCAAGAUGCCAUGGGGUAUGAACUGCCGUGUGUUUACUUCGUCAGCCUCGUCAUCUUUGGAUCAUUUUUCGUACUGAACCUGGUUCUCGGUGUGCUGAGUGGGGAGUUUUCUAAGGAGAGGGAGAAGGCCAAGGCACGGGGCGACUUCCAGAAAUUGAGGGAGAAACAGCAACUGGAGGAAGACUUGAAAGGUUACCUGGACUGGAUCACCCAGGCUGAAGAUAUAGACCCUGAAAAUGAUGAUGAAGAUAUCGAUGAGGACAAACCUCGAAACAUGAGUAUGCCCACCAGCGAGACGGAGUCUGUAAAUACCGACCAUGUGGUUGGCGGAGAUGUGGAAGAAGAGAGCUGUGGAGUCCGGUUGGCACACAGGAUUUCCAAGUCUAAAUUUAGUCGUUAUUGGCGGCGAUGGAACAGGUUUUGCAGGAGAAAGUGCCGAGCAGCAGUGAAGUCAAAUGUAUUCUACUGGCUGGUGAUAUUCCUAGUGUUCCUGAACACACUCACCAUCGCCUCCGAGCACUACAAUCAGCCGGACUGGCUCACAGAGGUACAAGACACAGCAAACAAAGUCCUCUUGGCGCUUUUCACGGCUGAGAUGCUUCUGAAGAUGUACAGUCUCGGGCUCCAGGCUUACUUUGUAUCCCUCUUCAACCGAUUUGACUGCUUCAUUGUUUGUGGGGGGAUUCUGGAAACCAUACUGGUGGAGACCAAAAUCAUGUCCCCUCUUGGAAUCUCUGUCCUGCGAUGUGUGCGCCUUCUCAGGAUAUUCAAGAUCACCAGGUAUUGGAAUUCUUUGAGUAAUCUUGUUGCCUCGCUGCUGAAUUCGGUGCGCUCCAUAGCAUCUCUGUUGCUUCUUCUCUUCCUCUUCAUCAUCAUCUUCUCGUUGCUUGGGAUGCAACUUUUCGGGGGUAAAUUUAACUUUGAUGAGAUGCAAACUCGCAGGAGUACAUUCGACAACUUUCCUCAGGCGCUUCUGACUGUUUUCCAGAUCCUCACAGGAGAGGACUGGAAUUCUGUAAUGUACGAUGGGAUCAUGGCAUACGGUGGACCCUCAUUUCCUGGAAUGCUUGUCUGUAUAUAUUUCAUCAUCCUCUUCAUCUGCGGGAAUUAUAUCCUCCUAAAUGUCUUCUUGGCCAUUGCUGUUGAUAAUCUGGCUGAUGCCGAGAGUCUGACUUCAGCUCAGAAGGAGGAGGAGGAAGAGAAGGAGAGAAAGAAAUUGGCUCGAACGGCCAGCCCGGAGAAAAAGCAAGACAAUGACACCAUAGGAAAGUCACCUGUGCCAGCCCUGGAGGAGAACAAAGAAAAGAUAGAGCUGAAGGCAAUCACGGCAGAUGGAGAAUCUCCACCAGCAACCAAGAUCAACGUAGAGGAAUAUCCAUCUCAUGAGAACGAUGAGAAAUCUUCUUUCCCCGGCAGCAAUGACAACCCAGGUGAAGAGGAAGAGGAAGAACCUGAGAUGCCCGUUGGUCCUCGACCUCGUCCUCUUUCUGAAAUGCACAUCAAGGAAAAAGCAGUACCCAUGCCCGAGGCUACCGCAUUCUUCAUUUUCCGAACAGAUAACAAGUUCCGAAUCCAUUGCCACAAAAUUGUCAACAAUAACAUCUUCACUAACCUGAUCCUCUUCUUCAUCCUCCUGAGCAGCAUCUCGUUGGCCGCAGAAGACCCCGUACGGCACAAUUCCUUCAGGAAUCAAGUCCUCUUUUAUUUUGAUAUAGUUUUCACCAUCAUUUUCACCAUUGAGAUUGCUUUGAAGAUGACAGCAUACGGGGCAUUCUUGCACAAGGGAUCAUUCUGCAGGAAUUACUUUAACAUUCUGGACCUGCUAGUCGUCAGCGUCUCCCUCAUCUCAUUUGGAAUACAGUCGAGCGCUAUCAACGUAGUGAAGAUUUUGCGGGUUCUGCGAGUAUUAAGACCACUCAGGGCCAUUAAUAGAGCUAAAGGCCUCAAGCACGUGGUCCAGUGUGUGUUUGUGGCCAUCCGCACCAUCGGUAAUAUCGUGAUCGUUACCACUCUGCUGCAGUUCAUGUUUGCAUGCAUCGGGGUACAGCUGUUCAAGGGUAAGCUCUACAGUUGCUCAGACAGCUCGAAGAGUACAGAAGACGAGUGCAAAGGAAGGUACAUCACCUACAAGGAUGGCGAUGUGUCACAGCCAUUGAUUCUGGAUCGGAACUGGGAGAACAGUAAAUUUGACUUUGAUAACGUUCUAGAUGCCAUGAUGGCGCUUUUCACCGUCUCCACCUUUGAGGGCUGGCCAGAGCUGCUGUAUAGAGCCAUUGACUCCCACACUGAGGACAUAGGUCCCAUCUACAACCACCGAGUGGAGAUUUCCAUCUUUUUCAUCAUCUACAUCAUCAUAAUUGCCUUCUUCAUGAUGAACAUUUUCGUAGGUUUCGUCAUUGUCACAUUUCAAGAGCAAGGAGAACAAGAAUAUAAGAACUGUGAGCUGGACAAGAACCAGCGUCAGUGUGUGGAGUACGCCCUGAAGGCCCGUCCACUACGAAGGUACAUACCCAAGAACCAGUACCAGUAUAAAGUGUGGUAUGUGGUCAACUCCACCUACUUUGAGUAUCUGAUGUUCGUGCUGAUCCUGCUCAACACCAUCUGUCUGGCCAUGCAGCACUAUGGACAGAGCUGUUCUUUCAAGGAAGCCAUGAACAUCCUCAACAUGGUGUUCACCGGCCUCUUCACUGUGGAGAUGAUCCUGAAACUCAUUGCAUUUAAGCCAAAGGGUUAUUUUAGUGACCCUUGGAAUGUCUUUGAUUUUCUGAUCGUCAUUGGCAGCGUAGUAGACGUCAUUCUCAGCGAGACGAAUACAGGUGAACAUGCCCAAUGCCACAAUAUGCAGGGUGAGGAAAACUCGCGGAUCUCCAUCACCUUCUUCAGGCUUUUUCGUGUUAUGAGGCUGGUGAAGCUCCUCAGUCGUGGGGAGGGAAUCCGGACUCUUCUUUGGACGUUCAUCAAAUCUUUUCAGGCACUCCCGUAUGUGGCUCUCCUAAUUGUUAUGCUGUUUUUUAUCUACGCUGUUAUUGGUAUGCAGGUUUUCGGGAAGAUUGCACUAAACGACACCACACAUAUUAACCGGAAUAAUAAUUUCCAGACCUUUCCACAGGCCGUCCUGCUACUCUUCAGAUGUGCGACCGGUGAAGCCUGGCAGGAUAUCAUGUUAGCUUGUCUCCCCAACAAGAAGUGUGAGCCGGAAUCGGAGACUCACCAACCUGAAGAGGACUACUCCUGUGGCAGCAGUUUUGCAGUCUUCUAUUUCAUCAGCUUUUAUAUGCUCUGUGCUUUCCUGAUCAUCAACUUGUUUGUUGCAGUCAUUAUGGAUAAUUUUGACUAUCUGACGAGAGAUUGGUCCAUAUUGGGUCCUCAUCAUUUGGAUGAAUUCAAAAGGAUUUGGGCAGAGUAUGAUCCGGAGGCUAAGGGUCGAAUCAAGCACUUGGAUGUAGUAACACUGCUAAGACGGAUUCAGCCACCAUUAGGAUUUGGUAAACUGUGUCCGCAUCGCGUGGCAUGCAAGCGUUUAGUCGCCAUGAACAUGCCUUUGAACAGCGAUGGUACGGUCAUGUUUAAUGCAACGCUGUUUGCUUUAGUUCGGACUUCUCUAUGCAUUAAAACUGAUGGUAACCUAGAACAAGCUAAUGAAGAGCUCAGGGCUAUUGUUAAAAAGAUCUGGAAAAGAACCAGCAUGAAACUCCUGGAUCAGGUGGUGCCCCCUGCUGGAGACGAUGAAGUUACUGUUGGAAAGUUUUACGCCACAUUCCUGAUUCAGGAAUAUUUUCGGAAAUUCAAGAAACGCAAAGAGCAAGGGUUGGUAGGAAAACCUUCCCAGCGCAACGCUCUCUCGCUGCAGGCUGGGCUGCGCACGCUGCAUGAUAUCGGGCCUGAGAUUCGCAGAGCUAUUUCUGGAGACCUGACUGCAGAGGAAGAGCUGGACAAGGCCAUGAAGGAAGCCGUGUCUGCAGCGUCAGAGGACGACAUCUUCAGGAGAGCAGGAGGUUUGUUUGGGAAUCACGUCAGCUACUACCAAAGUGAAGUACGAAGUGCGUUCCCACAAACCUUCACCACACAACGACCGCUUCACAUCAACAAGACUUCUGGGGGUCCUGGGGACCUUGAUUCCCCAUCUCAUGAGAAGCUUGUAGACUCUAACUUUACUCCAAGUAGUUACUCAUCUUCUGGUUCCAAUGCCAACAUCAACAAUGCCAACAAUACAGCUUUGGUACGUCUUCCCAACCUGCUCCCAUACCAGAGCACCAUCAGCACUGUAGAAGGACAGAGCUGCCCAGUUCGUACUCGUGGAUCAUGGAAACUUGGUUCCAAGAGCUCAGUGUCCAGAGACAGUCGUCUGCCAAUCAUAUGUCGGGAGGAGGCAUCACAAGAUGAGACAUAUGAUGCCAGUGAAGAAGUGGAGUACAGUAGUGAGCCCAGUCUGCUUUGUUCUGACAUGUUUUCUGAUCGAGAUGAGGAGAGUCGUCAGUUGACACCAUCAGAAGGAGAGAUGGAGGGAGGGUUGUGUCCAUCUCCUAAGAGGAGCUUCCUGCGGUCAGCCUCACUAGGCAGGAGGGCAUCAUUCCAUUUGGAGUGUCUACGGAGGUACCGGAAUCAAGGAGGUGACACUUCACCUAAAGCUGUCCUGCCACAGCUGCAUCUGGUGCACCAUCAGGCAUUAGCAGUAGCUGGCCUCAGCCCUCUACUACGAAGGAGUCACUCGCCAACAGCAUUUUCACGCCUCUGCUCCACACCGCCUGCCACACCCUGCUCCCGAGGGUGGUCGCAACAGACUGUGCCAGCACUGAGGCUACAAGGAGAACCAGGGCCCAAAGACAGUUUAAACAGCAGCUUCCCUUCCGUGCACUGCAGCGACUGUAACCUCGGCCGAGACCGACCAGCCUCCCUCACAGUUCCUCGCCACUCGCGAGACCAGAGGCGGCAGCACCACGGCAGUGCAAGCAGUUUGGUGGAAGCGGUGCUGAUCUCGGAAGGUUUGGCGCAGUUUGCUCAGGAUCCCUGCUUCUUGCAGGUGGCAACACACGAGCUGGCAGAUGCCUGUGACAUGACGAUAGAGGAGAUGGAAUCCGCAGCUGACAGCUUCUUGAAUAGCAAUCCCAGCCCAAACGGGAAACUCUCACCUUUCACCAAACGCAGGGACCAGGGGCUGGACUACGCAGGGGUUGGGUCAGAUGAGCCUGGACACUCAGCGGGUUGUGCGAACAGCGAAGGCGACCAGGAGGACUGCCAAGUAUACAUAAGCAGCCAGUAGCCAGCAAGCCUCACAUAGACAAGAGCCGUAGUAAAUGCCAAUUUGUCAGAGGGUGGAUGUUGCAGGAGGAGUUUUGUGCUCCUUCUUCGGUUUCUUUCUCUUUUUUUCGGUGUUCCUAAUGAGUUUGUUUCAGAAGUGCCUCACUGUUCUCGUGACCUGGAGUGACCAGAACAGCGUUCUUCAUCCAUUUUAGUUGGGCCGGGAGGGGGGAGGGAAGACAUCCAGAGCUGACUUUAUUUCUACGUUAAGGGAUUGGAGGACCCGCUGGAAUCCUUUUGGGGGGUCACCUGGCAUCUUGGAUCCUUCAAAUUAAAAAUUUAAAGCUAAGGAUGGAUCUUCGGAGAAACCUUGAACACGCAGCUGAUCACAUGUUUGCCUGCUGUUUUUUUUUUUUUUUUAGCGUAAAAUACAUGAAUCCUCAAAGUUUUUCUCAAAAUGAAUUUGCAGAUGCAAACCGUUUUGAAGCUCCUGCUGCAUCAUCCAACAUUGUCUCUGCUGCUAAGAAAAAUGGUGUCAUCCAGCUAAUCCUUCCCUUUAAAUACAAUGUAUUUGGUGCAGCUGUCACGUUUCAGUGCCGUUCCUUACUGUUUUAUGAUUGGCUGUCCCUGCUGGAUGAUGCAGACGGAUCAUUUCAUAACAUUGGAGUUGAAAGGUUUUGGUGGAAACGUGAAGAGUAUAAAAGUUUGAAGGGUUGCCAUGUUUUUUUCGGUAUGGAAACAUCUACCUUUCACAUUUGUAUAUGGUUUCCACAGGGCAAACACCUUUAUUAAUAAUGAUUAAUGUAGACAGUGCCACCUGUCCGCAAAGAAGAUCCCUUACCAUUUCAGAACCUUGGGCCCAUUAGCUUAAGUUUUUGUAAUCAUGAGAAUAAGUUUCACAAAACAUUAAAGAGGUUUUUUGUGGCUUUGACUACAUUCUAACAUUCAGACAACCUGUGGAAGGAAGAUCGUUUCACCACUACUUACCAUUCCAUUGCGCCACCGAUUCUACAAUCUGAACUGUGCUCACGUGACUGCCUGAAUCUGGCAGUGUGCUCUUCCUCUGACUUCCGCUGUAUAAUGUAUAGGCAGUUGAACAGGGAGAUACAGGAGCAGAUCUGGUCAAGACAUUAUUAGAAGAGCCCAGAGUCAGGUGGUCACGUGAGCACAGCCCAGGUUGUGGAAUCGGCAGGGCAAUGGAUUGGUAAGUAGCGGUGAUAUGAUCGUCCACAGAUUGUCUGAAAGCUGGAAUUUAGUCAAAGCCCAGGCAGGAGAAACUCCUUUAACAACUGCCAACCCUUGAAGACAGUGGAUGUGCUAAUCUCUGGCAAAUUAACGCCAAUAUAUUUUUACACUAAUCAUUUUAUUAGCAAGAAGUUGGCAUUGUUAUUAAUAGCUGCUAAAAUGAGGAAUACUGUUAAAAAAAGAAAUAUUACUUUAUACACACACAUACACUAUAUAUAGAUAGAUAGAUAUUUUUUUCCUGGACAUUCAGGGAUGUUGUAUUGCUGAUAUAAAACACAUGACAGAUUUUGCAUGUUAAUUUAUGACGUCACCAUUUCAUUGCCAUCUCAUCGGGCAGCACUGUGGCAGAUGUCGAUUGCACAAUGUGGCACUGGGCUCAUAUUUUUUACAGAAUGUCAAAGAAUUUGGUGCCCAAAAUAGACCAAAUAACAAAGGUUCGGCUUUAGCAAAGGGGAUCGCACCUAGAUAUUACACAAAAUCAGCCCACUAUCGUCAAUAGACAGUGACCACUAGGGGCACUGUUCAUUGAUUACUUCCCCAAAUCCUAGGAGGCAUUCUGCAUAUUUAAGUCGGUUAUUAUGUGACACAAAUGCUUUCAUUGUUUACUGGGAGUUACACCUAACUAGAGGUAUUUUUAUACUCUUCCAUACCGUAUGGUGCCCUUUAGUAUAUAUAGUUUAUUAUAAAUUAUAAUAUAAUGAUUAUUCUCCAUACCAUCUGCAGUUAUAAAAUUAUAUAUUUUUUUAAUUUACAGAGUAAUAAGCACUCAUAUCCAUGAAGCCUUGGAUUUAGUGAGGUUUUAAUAUUGUCAGUGGAAAGUUGCAGCUACAACUUAAUAUAGAAAGUAUAUUUUCAGACUAUAAAAGAUAACAGAGGGGAGUGCCUUGUUCAGGAACACUUAAUGGACACCACAUAGUGGUGAUGUGGCAGGGGAACUAAACACUUGCUCAUGUGUUCCCCAGAAAAUUACUGCUGACUGCUAGGGGUCCCAGCAGUGGGGUCAGUAUCACUGAGAAACCCUUGCAAUCCUAAAAAAAAAGGGGAAAGUGCAAAAAGUGAACAUGCCCUUUAAUUGGACCCAUUACCAAUAUGCAAUGGCACCAAGUCUGUUGGUUUCCAUUUAUCUGAUGAGUGGUGUUAUUACUAUUGGUUUACAAACUGAGUGGAUGGGUUGCACGCAGGAUAUAUUAUCAUGUAUGCUUAAUA